UGCGCCCUCAUUUAUGACGCGCGCAGUCUUCACUCUUCAGUCGUCGUCAGAAUUUCUUUUUUUUUUUCUUCUACUUCUACUUCUUCCCCUCUCAAGUCUCCAGCGUCGCCGCAUCCCGUCAGCCUAUGCUGCGGCGAGCCGGCGACUGACCGCAGCUUUCUGCCGUCUCCAGUGGAGGCAGCGGGGUUAGCGCGCGGCCUCCGCUGCGACGGCGACGGCGGCGGCGUGGGAGGGCCAUGGCGGUCCCCGAGCUCGCCUUCCACUUGUUCCUGGCUGCCUCCCUGCUCUCCGUCGCCGCUCCUGCGGUGGCUCGGAGCCCAUCUUGCCCUGAUGGUUGGCAAGUCGGUCCUGCUCAGAACAAAUGCUUCAUGUACAUAUCAACCUCCCUUUCCUGGGAUAGAUCCGAGGCUCUCUGCCAUAACUACAGCGGGCAUCUGGCUGCAUUAUCAUCAGUCCAGGAGCGAAAUUUUGUGAAGUCUCUCUGUGGAUCAUCGUCCUUGGGAUGCUGGGUUGGAGGGCAUCACUACAACACUAGUACUGGUAAUGGUUGGAAAUGGUCUGAUGAUUCCUCUGUUUGGAACGAGACUGUCUUUCUUGGUGAGCCAUUGCAUGCCUGCAGUGAUGCUGCAUGCAAAGUAGCCACCGGCAGUGAUUUGUGUACUUUGGUGACUAAUAAUGGUCGGGUUUCAAUUAUUAUGGAAAAAAGGUGCAGUGAGGCCCAUGGUCUGAUUUGCAUGAUGAACCACGUGGACAGAUGCUACCAUGAUCACUGCCACAAGGAAUAUUUCAUAGCCAUCAUUGCUGUGAGUGGUUUCAUUCUGACAACCACUCUAGCCGUUGUGGUUUGGCUGCUUGUCUACAGGCGAAGCAAGAAAAGAAGAAGAUCGCGAGAAGUGUUAAGUGCUUCAGCUGCCGCAUUGGUGGCACCACAAUGGAAAGUAUUCACUAGUGAAGAACUUAGAUCAAUCACAAAGAACUUCAGCGAGGGAAACAGGCUUCCUGGUAACGCAAAGACAGGCGGAACCUAUAGCGGAAUCUUACCAGAUGGAUCCAAAGUAGCAAUCAAGAGACUUAAGAGAUCCAGUCUGCAAAGGAAGAAGGACUUCUACUCUGAGAUUCGUAGAGUUGCAAAGCUGUAUCAUCCUAAUUUGGUGGCUGUAAAAGGAUGUUGUUAUGAUCAUGGUGAUCGGUUUAUUGUCUAUGAGUUUGUCGCAAAUGGUCCUUUGGAUGUGUGGCUGCAUCAUAUUCCUAGAGGAGGGCGGAGCCUUGAUUGGGCAAUGAGAAUGAGAGCUGCCACUACUCUUGCUCAGGGGAUUGCAUUCUUGCACGACAAGGUAAAGCCGCAGGUGGUGCACCGUGAUAUCCGUGCAAGUAAUGUCUUACUCGAUGAGGAAUUUGGUUCACAUUUGAUGGGGGUCGGCCUUUCAAAGUUUGUACCAUGGGAAGUGAUGCAUGAGAGAACUGUCAAGGCCGCAUCCUAUGGCUACCUUGCUCCUGAGUUUAUAUACAGGAACGAGUUGACAACAAAGAGCGACGUCUACAGCUUUGGUGUGCUGCUCCUAGAAAUUAUCAGUGGUCGUCGCCCUGCACAGUCAGUUGAGUCUGUUGGGUGGCAGACCAUAUUUGAAUGGGCAACUCCUCUAGUGCAGUCCCACCGCUAUCUUGAUCUGCUAGAUCCACACAUCCAGGAAUUGCCGGAUACAGGAGUUAUCCAGAAGGUUGUUGAUCUUGUCUACUCCUGCACUCAGCAUGUUCCUUCGGUGCGCCCAAGGAUGUCGCAUGUCGUGCAUCAACUACAGCAGCUUGAACUGAAGUCUGCAGCGUCGGAGCAGCAGCUAAGGAGCGGGACAAGCACCAGCGCAACAUCUCCAAUGUUGCCAUUGGAGGUCCGGACUCCUCGCUGAAAAUCCGCUAGCAGAAUUUGAGAACCUUUUAUGUACUACAGCUUCAGUCAGCACUCCGUAGGUGGUAGCACAUUCUUUAAGAGUGUAUAAUGACCCAAGAGCCACCAUUAUCGUAAUCAGUAGUUUAGUCUCCCCAAGUGCUGAUGGGGUAAGUUGUAGUCAUUUGUACUCAGGUUGACCUCUACUCUGCUACAUAUCUCAUGGGUUUUGUGUAGUGACCUAAAGAAGCUUUAGGCCUAUGCUCUGAAGUCUGAAGAAGCAACUCGUGUAUUUGACAGAGUAAUACCAAGUAGUAUGUAGUACUUCCUAUCUA